UCAUGUAACGCAAAACAAAAAUAUUUUGUAAUUUUGUUUACAUCGUCUUCAAAAUUUGAAGUUUCAAUUUGUAAACGAUGGCAUACUGGUUUCAUCGUAACCCUCUCAAAGCUACUGGUCCUGUAUCGUUUGAAAUACUACGAAGUGGAACGACUAAUUCUGCUGGGUCACAAUUACUAGGUGAAUUGAAGAAAUGUCGAGCAAAGCUACUGGAAGUUGUUGUUGAAGCAUCAAGUGAAAUAUCAACAGUAGAAACCAUCUUUCAGCAGUAUCUAUCAUUACUACAUGGUUUGUUGUAUAACAUUGGUGGUGGGACAGGAAGUGCCGACAGUAAGCUCAAGAAGUUAGUCAGAUUCAGAUGGACAAGUUCAAUUUGUGGAAGUACACCAUUGGCACAAAUUGAUUCAAACUUUGAACUGGCAUCUGUGUGUCUUGAGUUUGCAAUGUGGUGCAUGAAACAUGCUUCCCAUAUUGCAGAUAAGAGUGACAUUACAAUGGAGGAAGCGAAAGAAGUUCACACAUGUUUGAAAAAAGCAGCUGGAAUAUUUCAUUAUGUCAAGGAGAGUAUUCUGAGCACUCUUGAACAGCUCCCUGAAGCAAAGACCACUGACAUUGAUAUCCGCGUGGUGGAUGCUUAUAAACUACAGUGUAUCGCUGAGGCACAGGAAGUGACGGUCGCGCGAGCCAUUGAGUUGAAACACAAGGCAUCUCUCGUAUCGGCGUUGGCUUACGAGACGUCGGAAUUGUAUUCCCAGGCAGCCGAUUCAUUGAAAUCCAUGGAUGUCACCAGAGCCGGCAAGUGGAGAAAAUACCUGGAAAUUAAACGAAAUUUUUACCUGGCGUACGGAUAUUGUUAUUACGGCGAUGUGCUUCUCAGCGAAAAGGAACAAUGCGGCGCAAGUAUCAAGGUUUUGCAAGAAAGUGAAAAAUUAUAUCAAGCAGCUCGCAAAAUGUGUCAAGAGUAUUCCGCACUGAAGGCACCAGCGACUACAAUAGCAAGGCCAGCCGACCAUCCCUUCUUCAAGACACUUGGUGGGGAGAUUAAGAAGAAGCUCGAGAAAUCUACACGAGAAAAUGGCUUCAUAUAUUUUCACAAGGUUCCAGAGGAGGUACCAGAAAUGGAUAAGAAAGCUGCACAUGGUUUGGCGAACCCGCAAGAGUUUUCUCUGCCUUCACCGCACGCGCUGUGGACCAAAGAUUUGUAUGACAGUUUUGAUGUUGAAAAAAUACCCAAAGAAAAGGCGCCAACUAACGAACCAAUCAAGCCAAUACCAGAGAAGGAUCAGGGAGGAUCAUCUUUCUCAUCCUGUGUGAUCUCAUAAAAUGAGCUGGACUAGUAUAAAAACUCUUAUCAGUCUUCGUAUUUUGAAGAACAUACAACAGGAAAGAGUAACAGAGAAUAUAAAGAAUGGUGUAAUAUGGAACUUGUAAUAUCUUGUUUGAUUUGAAGUAGAUUAUGAGAGGUAAUUAUACCUAGAUCUUUGCUGAACUGGAACAGUUGAAUUAUAAGGUUAGGCAAGUAAAAGUUAUAAAAAAAUGUAGUAAAUUAAUCAUCACAAAUUGAG